GAGUAAAUUAUCUCCCGUCGGUAUUAGACUACAAUUAUCCACGAAACGUCACUGCUCGCUUGUCAAAUAUUUGUGUACAACAUGGCGGAUCAUUGCUUACAAACAUAAGUCCGCAGUGAUGUAGUGUGACAAAGUGUGAAAAUGGGAAACUGUCUGAGAUUUUUAAUGGAUAAAUUAACACACAGAGGCAGCAACAGAAAGAGCAUUGUAUUGAUGAUGAGCGGACUGGACAAUGCGGGUAAAACAACAGUCCUGAAUCGCCUGAGCAACGAGUUCGAUCCCAAUGUCAUGCCCACAAUGGGCUUCAGAGUCGUGUCCCUGAGGCAUAAAUCAUUCAUAAUCAGGGUUUAUGACAUCGGUGGGGCAGCACAGAUCAGGGCCAUUUGGAAAAGAUACUAUCAUGACAUUCAUGGUCUAAUUUAUGUGGUGGAUGCUAGUGACAUAUCCAGACUAAGCGAAAGUAAAAUAGUAUUUGGUGAAUUAAUAGCCAACGAGCAUAUUGCGGGAAAGCCAAUAUUAUUACUGGCGAAUAAACAAGACGUCCCCGGUGCCAUUGACGAACUAGACGUCGUCGAAAAUCUGGACGUGGAACACGCUGCCAACGCCAUGAAAUGUCCAACGAGAGUGGAAAUAUGUACUUCCACUCUUCCCGAAGAUCCCAAGCUCGGUUAUACAAUGGGAAUCGCAAACGGUUACAAAUGGCUUUUGGAUACGAUAUCGAAAAACUAUUCCGUCCUCGAUGAUCGUGUGAAGAUAUCUCAAACUCCUCCACCUGUAAAUAAUCAUCCCAGGCCCUCCAUAAUCUCAAUGACCCCAUCAAGAGCUUCGAUCCGAUCAAAUCCAUUCAAGCCGAUCGGCCAGCUUGUGGCGAAUGCGCAGAGCAGCAAAUCAGUUUCAGUAAAUCAUACUAAUCAGAUUGAAAAGCCACCGAAAAAGCUAAAAAAAUUUCUACCCAAGAACAAAACAGCACCGAUGCCCCCAGAUCAACCGAAGAGUCGAUCGGAAGUUGUACUGAAUCAUCGGGAGAUUGAGAACGUUGAGGUCUUCCCUGUGAACGGAAACAAUGACCAAGUGGCCCUUGUGACGCUGGAUCCCCUAGCCCUAAUGACUCAACAAAUCAACCGACAGAAGCAUCCUCGACCCUUUACGGCCCCAGCAAAGACCAAUGGCAUCACACUUGUACAAAACAUACCCGGUCAAGUGCCCCAGUGACAAUACCAGUCUUUUAUACUGAUCAACUAUCGUUUGUACCUGUUAAGAGUGUAUCUACUUCAUCGAUAAAUAAUGUAUUCUUCCAAAUAUGGUAAUUUAUUGAACAAAAAAACGUUACU